CUCUCUGAGUCUCAGAGUCUUUCACCUUUUCAAUUGCGCCAUUUUCAACUUGUUUAUCUUGUGCAACAGGAAAGUCUGUGCCCACAGAGUCAGACAAACUGGUACGACCUCAGUGAUUUACGGUAGAUCGCUAUCGACGACGUCCGUUCCGUCUGGCGGGUUUUAGAUACAGACAUAGACCGACUCCAUUAACUUUUGCUUCUUAUCAGUCAGAUUGCUGAUCACUGUUGUUGCCCUUACUACAAUCGACCCCGUUCAGUCCAACUGAAACUAGAAGAAAAUGACUUUGAAUUAUGUCUGGUUAGAUGUAGAUCCGGGACAUGAUGAUGCCACUGCAAUUAUGAUGGCCUGUCAAUUAGAGAAUAUCAAGCUCCUUGGAGUAUCCAGUGUUCACGGCAAUGCGCCCGCUGAGUGCACUGCCAAGAACACCGCAAGGUGUCUGCACGCAUUUGCUGCACCUUCUGAUGUUCUAGUAUAUCCUGGCGCAUGCAAGCCGUUACUUCGACCCUCAAAACACGACCCUGAAAUUCACGGAGAAGAUGGCCUAGGAGGUGUUGUAGGGCUCCCUUCAGCUGAUAGUCCUGAAGUUCAGGCACGAUUCGCUCGGAAAGUUGAUGGGUCAUUGAUCCAUGCCAUUGAGGGGAUGGCAACAGCGAUCAAGGACACAUGGCAUGAUGGUACUGGACAUCAAGUGUCAGUCGUCUCUUCCGGACCGAUGACGAACAUUGCCCUAUUUAUCAGCGUCUAUCCAAACCUUAUGGAAGCAGUGGAGCGGUUUGUAUUUAUGGGUGGAGGCGUGGGCGUUGGCAAUAGAUCUGCCGUCGCAGAGUUCAAUAUUAUGUGUGACCCUGAGGCGGCUCAGAUUGUCCUCGAUGCUCCAGUUAAGACUGUCAUGAUACCCAUCAAUGUUACACACACGGCGAUUGUCACUUCAGCCAUCCAUUCCCGCCUGAGAUCAACCCAUCUACCUCUUCUGGAUGACGUGCUGGCACAUCCAUCUACCAAUCUCCGAAGCACACUGUCUUCCGUCAUCAGUUUUUUCGCAGGAACGUACAAGUCAACAUUUGGUUUCGAUCGAGGUCCUCCUCUCCAUGAUGCACUAACCAUCACAUAUGUGUCCCAUCCCGAGCUCUUUGAAGCUCGACGUUUUAGAGUGGAUGUGGAGUUGCAUGGUAAGCACACGGCAGGAGAAACGGUCAUCGACGUCUGGAAUUAUCGAAUGUGUGACGACUCAUGGGGCUCUAAUGGGAAGAAUUGCGUUGUCGCCCAGUCAGUUCAGGUCGACCAGUUUUUUGAAUUACUUUUGAAUUGUGUCUCCCGAUGUGAUGCCACAUCUCCACUCAACGUACAACAAUGACAGUUCACAGAGCAACACCUUCACACUCCUGGUCAACUUUUACCACCCUUCUUUACAUCUACUCACGCUCUUGCUGUCAUUAUUAAAGGAUGUCCCCUAUCUGUAUCCCAGUGGCCUAGGCAUCAGGCACUGCCCUAAGCGUGGGACCAACCUUGAGAUCUAUUCUUUUACGUGUAUUCAAACACGAUGCACCUUAUGACCGGUAUAUGUAAGAUGCCAUUUCUGCCAGGACUUUGUCGCACCGCAUCAAGUUGCAGACGCCCAUAACAGCCGCUUUCGAUAAGGCUAUUCUUGGUCAGUAGUUACGAUCCGCAUGCUGUGCGUACACACUUACCAUCACAGAUUGGCAACCACCCUCUGUCACAGAAUCCCUAAUCAUGCAUGUCAAAAC